GGAAGGCCCACAUUCUCCUGUGUGCGGAGCGUUCUCGGUGCAGCCGUCGGCCUUCCACUGGUUUCCGAACCUUCGGUCAAGAUGAGUGAUAAGCCGGACUUGUCCGAAGUGGAGAAGUUUGACAGGUCAAAACUGAAGAAAACUAACACAGAAGAAAAAAAUACUCUUCCUUCAAAGGAAACUAUCCAGCAGGAGAAAGAGUGUGUUCAGAUAUCGUAAAAUGGAGAUCUCUUCCCAAGAGCAAAUUUCACUGUUGCCUGAGUGUCUUGGUUUGGGGCUUGUUUCUUGUAAACUUUUGUGUUGUAGAAUUUAGGCAUCUUUCCUUUGGAUGUGUUCUCACCCUUACUACCUGGCAAAGACGUCAGGUGUAGCCAAUGUUCCCUUAUAUUCAUUUUUAAACUCCAGCUGCCAGAUGCUACCAAUUUCUCCAUCAGUGACCUUUGUGUGUGUUGUUCUUGCACCCCCAAGUGAUGAGCCACUUUUAACUUUCUACAGUGAAUGUCUCUGGUACUCUGUAAUCUUCACAAAGUGGCAUGCAUUUGCAGCUUCUCGUAGUUUCUUUUUCAUUUCUAAUAUGAGAAUAAAAGAAUAAAUAUAAUCAU